UUCUGUAUACUUUACAACUUUUAUUACAUACAGUAUUUAAACUAGCAGUGACACAAUCACAGGAAACAGAUGGGACUUUGGGGUUUGUAGUUUUCUCUGUUCCGUUAUACAAAAACAAUGUCUUUAGUUCUUGUAAAUGUCCAGCUGAUCACAAAGACAUUAAAUGCCGUUGUUCCGAAAAAAAUUGUUAUCAUUUGAAGACUUUGAUGGCAGCUUUAAUAAUAAUAACCAAGUGCAUAAAACAUUGGUCUGUUUUAACAUAGGGGAUGAAACGCCUUUAUGGAAACAUUGGGGCUUUGCCUACAACAACCCAAACUCUGAUCAUGCCGAACAAAUCAUACUACAUGAAUUACACACAUUUCUUGGUGCAGACCAGUCUAAAAUGAGUUUAAAAUAUAAGCUUAACUUGUACGCAAGCUACAGCCCAUGCUUCUCAUGCUGUAAGGAAUUAUGUCACUUCCUGCUUAUCUAUGAGAAUCAAAUCCACAUGCACUUAAAGGUUGCUAAAUUAUACAAAUUUUAUGACAGCAAUAAUCAAAGAGGCUUACAAAUGCUCAGAGAAAAUGGAGCUAAAAUUACAGUUAUGGAUUUAGAUGAUUAUAAGGAAUGUUUUUAUUUUUUUGUAAGUCCAACGGACACCUUCCAGCCAUGUACACAUUUAAAUGACUGCAGCUAUGGAAAUGCACGUGAUAUGGAUCUUCUCUGGAAAGAGGAUGAAAGCACCACAAAAGGUGGUAAAAUAACCAUUCACAAGUCUGAAAUCUGCAAUUGUAAAGACUUUUCAGGAGGAGAUGAAAACAAUUGCAUUUUGUCAGCAAAAGAACACUUGACCCCAGAAUCCACAAAGGACAAAAAUGGAUCAAGAAUUAUGACUGUGGAGAAGUCACAUAUUGCUCAUAGUUGCAAAGAUCACAAGGGUGUGAAGAGAAAGCUGUCAUUUUAAACAUAAGGAAUGUACAAUUCCAAUUAUAGAAUGGGAAUGAUAAGGGUAAUGUUUUUUAACCAGCUCCCUAUUUAUGACUCACAAUCCCCUUGCUACCCACCCCACACACAUGCGUGCAAAUGGAGGUGAAUUGGGGAGUGCAGGUUGUUACAAGGCGCCACUGCAGUCAUAGUUACACAGUUACAUAGCUAUUUGGGUUGAAAAAAGAUCAGUCCAUCAAGUUAACCCCUCCAAACAAGCCCCAGUGCAUACAGUAUAUAUAUAUAUAUAUAUAUAUAUACAUACAUUCCAUACAAUGGGAAAUGAGUUUCAAUGUUGUGCAUUUUGGUAGAAAUAAUAUAAAUGCAAGUUAUACACUAAAUGGUAGUGUUUUGAUCUGGGGGAUUUUGUAGAUAACAUGUUGUCUACUUCCAAGCAAUGUCAUUCUGUGGCUACUAAAGCAAAUAAAGUGCUGCCUUGUAUUAAAAA